GUGGUUCUUGUAGCACGACAGAGAACAUCCCCUCCAAUCAUGGCCUCAGACCCGAACGGCUCCAUUUCCAGCCGCAGCCCGGCCAACCAGUUCGUUCAGCCGGCAUGGCGAGUGGCGCUGUGGGCCCUGGCUUACUGCGCCGUUCUCGGCGUGGCGCUGCUGGGCAACGCGGUGGUCAUCUGGAUCAUCGUGGCGCACAGGCGGAUGAGGACCGUCACCAACUAUUUCCUGCUCAACUUGGCGCUGUGUGACGUCUCCACGGCCGCCUUCAACACGCUCGUCAACCUGAUCUACGCGGCCCACGGGGAUUGGUACUUCGGGGAACUUUACUGCAGGUUCCACAACUUCUUCCCGGUCGCCGCGGUGUUCGCCAGCAUUUACACCAUGACCGCCGUCGCCAUUGACAGGUACAUGGCCAUCAUCCAUCCUCUGAAGCCUCACCUGUCAGCCAAAGCCACCCUGGCUGUGAUUGUGCUCAUCUGGAGUCUGGCCGUGGUCCUGGCCUUCCCGCUUUGCUACUUCUCCACAACCCGAGUCCUGCCUCGCAGGACCCUGUGCUACGUGGCGUGGCCCCGCAUGGCAGACGACGCCUUCAUGUAUCACAUCGUGGUGACUGUUCUGGUCUACGUGGUGCCUUUAGUGGUGAUGGGCAUCACUUACUCCAUUAUUGGGGUGACCCUGUGGGGAGGGGAGAUUCCUGGAGACACAUCUGAUAUUUAUCAUGGACAGCUGCGGGCUAAAAGGAAGAUUGUAAAGAUGAUGGUGGUGGUGGUGGUGACCUUCGCCCUCUGCUGGCUUCCCUAUCACGUCUACUUCCUGGUGACGGGCCUCAACAAGCGCCUGAGCAGGUGGAAGUCCAUCCAGCAGGUGUACCUGGCGGUGCUGUGGUUGGCCAUGAGCUCCACCAUGUACAACCCCGUCAUCUACUGCUGCCUCAACAGCAGGUUCCGGGCCGGCUUCAAGCGAGUGUUCCGCUGGUGUCCGUUGGUCCGGAUGUCGAGCUACGACGAGCUGGAGCUCCAGAACCGGAGGCUGCGCCUGGGUCACCAGAGCAGCAGGUGCACACUCUCCCGGGUCGACAGCAGCAUCCUCAGUAAGGACAAGAGCGUCUGCUCUCGUGGAAAUCGGUCCAAGUGCAAACCGGAGCCUGAAAAUAAACAUAAUUAAUUCAUUAGUUUUAGUAUUAUUAUUACAUAAAAUCAUGUUUUGUUUAUUGGCGUAUUUGUUAGUUAAAUCAAGUUUUUAAAGGCCUGCUGAAACCCACUACUACCGACCACGCAGUCUGAUAGUUUAUAUAUCAAUGAUGAAAUAUUAACAUUGCAACACAUGCCAAUACGGCCUUUUUAGUUUACUAAAUUACAAUUUUAAAUUUCCCGGGAGUUUCGUCUUCGAAACGUCGUGUAAUGAUGACGUGUACGCAAGACGUCUUGUUUUUAGGAAGUAUGAGCGCUGCGCACACACACAGCUAAAAGUCGUCUGCUUUACCGGCAUAAUUAUACAGUUUUUUGGACAUCUGUGUUGCUGAAUCUUUUGCAAUUUGUUCAAUUAAUAUUGGAGAAGUCACAGUAGAAAGAUGGAGUUGGGAAGCUUUAGCCUUUAGCCACACAAACACACGGUGAUUCCUUGUUUAAAAAUCCUGGAGGUGAAACUUUCCUAUGGAUCAGAGGGCGGUCAAGCGAACAUGGAUCCCGACCACAUGUCAACCAGCAGGUUUCGGUGAGAAAAUUGUGGUUAAAAAGUCAGUCCUUACCGGAGAAAAGCUGAGCUUGUGCCGUCCAUAGCUGCCGUCGACUCCCCUGAGACACUGCGCGUCAAGAUACCCAUGGAGACACCCUUCCGACUAUCAGGUACUAUUAAACUCCAUUAAACACUAGCAACACAAUAAAAAGAUAAGGGAUUUUCCAGAAUUAUCCUAGUAAAUGUGUCUAAAAACAUCGGAAUCCGUCCCAAUCCAAUCGCGUUUUUUUUUUUUUUCUAGUCCGACGCUAUCAAUACCCUUGGACAAGAAUCUUUCAUCCUCGCUCAAAUUAAUGGGGAAAUUGUCGUUUUCUCGGUCCGAAAAGCUGUUUUUGUUGGAGGAUCCCAAUAAAAACAAUGUGAAGAUGUGAGUAGCCGUCAAACAUGUGACAUCAUCGUCUGCGACUUCCGGUAGA